AUGGUGAAGGAAACAAAGUUUUACGAUAUUCUGGGGGUCCCCACAGACUGCACAGAGGCCCAGCUGAAGUCCGCCUACAAGAAGGGCGCACUGAAGCACCAUCCAGACAAGAAUGCCCACAACCCAGAUGCCGCCGAUAAGUUCAAGGACCUUUCACAUGCGUACGAAGUCCUAUCGGAUCCCCAGAGGAGGAGUCUCUACGAUCAGUAUGGAGAGGAGGGUCUUGAGCAGGGUGGCGCAGGUGGCGGCAUGGCCGCUGAGGACCUUUUCGCACAAUUCUUUGGUGGGGGUGGAGGACCCUUCGGGGGCAUGUUUGGCGGCGGUAUGCGCGAGACGGGCCCAAAGAAAGCGAGAACGAUUUCGCACGUUCACAAAGUCUCCCUCGAAGAUAUCUACCGCGGCAAGAUCUCGAAACUCGCCCUGCAGAAGUCGGUCAUCUGCCCCAAAUGCGAUGGCCGUGGUGGCAAAGAAGGAGCAGUCAAGAAGUGCACCGGAUGCGACGGCCGUGGCAUGAAGACCAUGAUGCGCCAGAUGGGUCCCAUGAUCCAACGCUUCCAGACCGUCUGCCCAGACUGCCAGGGCGAGGGCGAGAUCAUCCGCGAUCGCGACCGGUGCAAGCAGUGCAACGGCAAGAAGACUACCAUCGAGCGGAAGGUUCUGCACGUUCAUGUUGACCGUGGCGUUAAGCCUGGCACUAAAAUCGAGUUCCGUGGCGAGGGCGACCAGCUCCCCGGUGUUGAGCCUGGAGAUGUGGUCUUCGAGAUUGAGCAGAAGCCACACGCUCGAUUCCAACGCAAGGAUGACGAUCUCUUCUACCACGCUGAAAUCGACCUUUUGACUGCUUUGGCUGGCGGCGCAAUCCAUAUCGAGCACCUCGACGAGAGAUGGCUGACCGUGGAGAUCACUCCGGGUGAAGUCAUCAGCCCAGGUGAAGUUAAGGUCAUCCGUGGUCAGGGUAUGCCAUCCUACCGCCACCAUGACCAUGGAAACCUCUACAUCCAAUUCGACGUCAAGUUCCCCGAAAAGAUCACCGGUCCUGACGACGGCCCAAUGACCGAGGAGGCCAGGCAGGCUCUUGAGCGGAUACUACCCCCCCGAAAGGUCGACAUCCAGCCACCUCCUGAUGCGAUGACGGAGGACUUCACUUUGGACUCCGUCGAUCCUACUCGAGAACAGGCACGCGCCAGAGGUAUGGCCAUGGAUGAUGAUGACGACGAGAUGCACCCAGGAGCCGAGCGUGUACAAUGCGCAUCUCAAUAA